UGCCUUUUCUCUAUCUCUCUCUCUCUCUCUCUGUCACAUACACAUGCUCUCUCUCAGGUCUCAGGAAUCUCUGCUGUGGUUCUGACACUCAUCUUCUUAAGAAUGGCCUGGAAUCACACUGUCCUGCUCACACUGCUGCCCACCGUCCUCAUUUUAAUAGUGCUGGCAGGGGUUGAAAGUGCAGCCGUUAAAGAUGGAAAAGACAGUGAAGCUAAAGGCACAUCUAAACGAGUUUUCAUGCCAGCAACUGAUGCCUCAAACUUCUUCAAACGCCGUGGUCGCAGAUCCCCAAGAACUUAUGAAGAGUACUAUGCGGAGCAAAGGGUGAAGAUGGCUGCAAACGAGCGAAGGAGGGAGCACUAUGAGGAACAAAGCAAUGAAUACGAGGACUAUUUAGAGGAAGAGCGCAAUGAACAGUAUGAGAGGACCAGAGAGAAGAACGAACAGUGGAGAGAAUUCCACUAUGAUGGGCAAUACCCACGAUACCCUCACCACCGCCCAUAUGUCUGAGCACAUAUGAGCACAUGCAAUGCCUCGAGAGUGAAUCUUCAGUUGAGGGAUACUUUCAUGACAUUAUAUAACUAUUAUUCAAAACAUAUAUGCACUUAUAGACUUAAAGUUCUUAAUGCUACGGAGCCCCUAAAGGGAAAUGGUGAUGAAAAAACUAUGAAAAAAUUAUAUGUUAAUGCUUUUGUGUUCUCUUGCAAAUGCUUUGCGAAUGACUGCGUUUGCUCGCAAAAUGUUUGUGUUCAUCGGAGAAACGUGGCGCCCUCUGGCAAAAUGUCUACAUUUCCCAGAGAAACUUUACGUUUGCUCGCAAAAUGUUUGCGUUCGCUCGAUAAACCGCAUUCCUAUGAGAAACACUGCGUUCGUUUGCAAAAUGAUUGCAUCCACUCAAAAUGUUUGCAUUCCCCCAAACAAACUUUGUUCACUCGCAAAAUGUUUGCGUUCACCAAAGAAACUUUGCGUCUGCUCAAAAUGUUUGCGUUCCCCCCAAAAAAUUUGUUAGCUCACAAAAUGUUUACGUUUACCAGAGAAACUUCUGUUCACUAACAAAAUGUUUACGUUCAACAUAGAAACUUUGUGUCCGCUCAAAAUGUUUGUUCCCCCAAGAAACUUUACGCACACUUACAAAACUGUUCAGUUCUUUGCGAGCAAAUGCAACAUUUUUGCGAGCGAGCGCAAAGUUUCUCAGGAGUACGCAAACAUUUUGCAAGCGAACGCAAUUUCUUGGGGGAAUGCACAAGUUUUGUGAAAGAAUGCAAAAGCUUUAAAAUACAUCAUUUUUCAACACAUGUCCCUGUAAUACGGAGCCCCUAAAUGAACAUGUUGAUAAAAAAAAAUAUGUGUUAAUACUUUGCAAAGUUUCUCUGGGGAAUGCAAAAGUUAUAAUAAUAUAACAUUAUAAAUCAUUAUUAUCAACAGUGAUAUUAUAAUGUAUCAACAUUAUAAAACUUUUAUUUUUUCCGCCUCCACAUUAGGGGCUCCGUAGAAUACAAAUAGGCUAUAAUAAAAGGGUUUGUUUGGAAGGUGUUUUUUUCUGUUAUAAUCACUUUUCUUAAAUCUAAAAUGUUCUUUAUUGGACUCAAAACAUUCAUGAUUAGUUUAUGAUUUUAAGCUUUUUUCCCCCCUGAGAGCAACUGCUUAUUUCCUUCUUCAGUAAUUACAUUCAGCUGUCAUCUGAA